AUGUCUGGAAGCAAGUGUAAACACAGCAGUGAUGUAGCUGGAGCAGGUUUAGCUGACAACCGAGCCAAUCUCCCCUUGGGCUUCUUUGCCACUCCUCCAGAGCUGACCUUCCUCUUGGGCAUCUUGGUGGCGGGCAGGCCUCUCGUCAACUCCGCCCUAGCCCGGCUGAGGACCGGGGGUAUCGCCCCCAGGCCUGGCACGCGCGGCGUGAGGCUCUCUUCAGCGCGGCAAGUGUGCUCCGCGGGGACCGCCACAUUUCCCGAGGGAACUGUGGAGGAACCAGACUUUCACCUCAGAACUGCGACACGUCGCCCGGAAGCGCUAGCCGCCGCGGGCCCGCGCCGGAGCCGCAGAGGAAGAUGGGAAGUGAACCGUUCCCCCAAUCCCCCGCGCGACUGCUCUGCGCCUGCGCACAAGCAAUUGUCCGCCGGUUGGGAGGAGGGGCGAUGGAUGGCGCAAGCGCAGGCGCGCGAGUCUCCGUUGAGAAGGUGCCGCGGCGGCGCCGGAGGGGGAAUAGCCUUUCUCACCCGCCUCCCACGCUGGUCCUCUGGCCUCGGCAGUCCCACAAGUCCCCGGGAGAGACAGGAGCCGCGUCGGGUGGAGAGGGUUCAGGGCCCGUCUGGAGGGAGGAAGGGUGGUGGAUCCAGAUACCCGCGAGGGUUACGGCCCGGGGCCGGUCCGGCGAUCCGGAUUCUCCGCCUGGCUUUAGAGCCGUCAGACCUUGGUGGCCCUUACCCAAACGGCUCCCUCAGCCCUCUUUCCGUUCGCCGCGGCCUUCUCGCCAACCACUUUGUGUUCAUUCUGAUGGUUGUUGAGCACUUGAUUACAACUGUGAGUGUGAAUGAGGCUCAGCUAGCCUCAUACUUGUGUCCACUUUCUCUUCUGUGUAAAUGCCCCUAGAUUGACCCUCACUCUUCUGAACACCAGCCUGAAACCUUUAAAACCGAUCAGAUGAUGGAUGAGUCAGAUGAGGAUUUUAAAGAACUCUGUGCCAGCUUUUUCCAAAGGGUGAAAAAACAUGGAAACAAGGAAGUGCCAGGAGACAGGAAGACACAAAAGGCCUCAAAUAGCACUCAGAUAAGAAGCAAAUCGAAAAGAACCAAACAAACUGCUACCAAGAGCAAAACCCUUCAAGGCCCCACAGAGAGGAAACCUCGGUCUGGCAGUCAGGCCCCUAGGACUAAAAGGCAAGGGGCAACCAAGUCGCAAGCAAGUGAAACAGCUCUUGCUGUGAAUGGGGAGGGAGGUGUACUUGCUCCUGCUCCAAAUCAGCCUGUGCUCUGGGAAAGAGCACAGAACACCCAGACAGGUGAGAACCGAGUGGAAACUACUGAUCAUUUGAGCCGGGAGUUCAAGACUAAGAGUACUCCCAACAGCGACUCCUGGCCCCCUCCUUCCUGUUUGACAACAAUGGUGCCAAGUCCCUCGAAACCCCGCACAACAGAGCUUAUCCUACAGCGGAUGCAGCAGUUCAAGAGAGCAGAUCCUGAGCGUUUAAAACAUGCUUCAGAAGAGUGUUCUCUCAAGACCUCACUGGAAGAAAAUGUCCCAAAGGGCCCUCAAGAGGAGACGAUCACAGGCAAUGGGUAUGGGCCUGAGCUCCCUGCCCCAAAGAGCGAUGCUGCGGUGGCCUUGGCCCUGCAGCAGGAGCUUGCACAGAUAGGAGCAUCUGCACAUGACGACAGCCUGGAGGAAAAGGGGUUGUUCUUCUGCCAGAUCUGUCAAAAGAACCUCUCAGCUAUGAAUGUGACACGAAGAGAGCAGCACGUGAACCGGUGCUUGGAUGAGGCAGAAAAGGCACGAAGACCUUCCACACCUCAUAUCCCUGAAUGUCCGAUUUGUGGGAAACCAUUUCUCACCUUAAAGAGCAGAAUCAGUCAUUUGAAGCAGUGUGCAGUGAAGAUGGAGGUUGGCCCCCAGCUCCUGCUUCAGGCCGUGCGGCUGCAGACAGCACAGCCUGAGGAGGCUGGCAGCCCACUGGAAUCCAGCUUUGGCAAUCACAUUGGAGUUGUGAAACGGAAAGGAACUGCCAACAAGAAGGAGUCCCAGAAGAGGCAAAAGGUAGACGAGGUCCCAUCUGAGGACCUGCUGGUGGCCAUGGCUCUGUCCCGGUCAGAGAUGGAACAGUGUCCAUCAGCACCAAUGCUCAGACUGGAAAGUGCCUUUUCUGAGAGAAUGAGACCAAGAGCAGAGAAGAAAAGUCGUAAGAAGAAACCCUUGGCUUCCCCACCGCAGUUAUUAUUCCAGGACUCUGAGACCACAGGCAGACAGAUAGAGGACCGUGUGGCCCUCCUUCUCUCUGAGGAAGUAGAAUUGUCCAGCACACCACCACUUCCUGCCAGCAAGAUUUUAAAGAAAGAGCUGGAAAAGGCAGGCCCAUGUCUGCCACCACCUAAAGGAAAGCAGAACUUUCUGUGGGAGAGCAGCGCCCUGACUGGAGCCUGGGCCGUGGAGGCCUUCUACACGGCCAGUCUGGUCCCUCCCAUUGUGCCCCAGCAGCCCACCAAGGGCCUCACACAGGAGUCUGUGCUGCCUGAGUCAUCAGAGAUGGGCGUGCAAAGGCCACUUGCUCUCCACAGCACCCCCUCUGGUGGCCGAAGCCCCAGGAACUCAUCGCUGUCAGUCAGCCAGAGGGAGCACCAGGCCCUGCAGGACCUCAUAGACCUGGCAAGGGAGGGGCUGAGCAGCUCGGGAGAGGCCACAGGUGAUACACUGGGUGGGACGCUGGGGCCAGCUCCAUUUUCCUUCCAGGGGUUGGACUUGGUGCCCAAUGGCCUUCCUCUAACGGGGUUUGUCAUGCCAUCCCAGGAGGAGUGCCUGGAGAGGGCUGGCCACACUUCGCUGUCCCUCGGGCUGCUGAUUGCUGACUUUGGUGCCAUGGUCAAUAACCCACACUUGAGCGAUGUCCAGUUCCAGAUGGACAGCGGGGAGGUUCUCUAUGCCCACAAGUUUGUGCUUUAUGCCCGAUGUCCACUUCUCAUUCAGUAUGUAAACAGUGAAGGUUUCUCUGCAGUGGAGGAUGGGGUCCUGACCCAGCGCAUCCUGCUGAGCAACGUGAGCACCGAGGCCACCUCUGCGUUCCUACACUACCUCUACUCUGCAGACACACGUCUUCCUCUCCAUGUGACUCCUGAGCUGAGCUCCCUGGCCCUCAGGUUUGGUGUGAAUGAACUUGUUCACCUGUGCAAACAGGCAUCUGUUGUCACAGAUUCAGAGGGUGAACAAUGGGAGAAGGAAGACGAGAAUUGUGACAGCAGGGCAGAGAAUUUCCAAGAACUCUUGAGGUCAGUGUGGGUAGAUGAAGAGGAGGAAGCAGAGACAUUGUUGAAAUCGAAGGGCUAUGAAGAAGACAGAGAAGAGGUGAAUGAAGCAGAAAUGGAAGAAAUUUAUGAAUUUGCAGCUACUCAGCGAAAGCUGCUCCAGGGGGAAAGAACACCAGAUGCUGACAAGGACACUGACUGGCUCGUGGAGGGCAGCUCGGUUUCUGGGCAUACCCUAGCAAGUGUCCAGGUUCACAGACAACUGGAAAAGGCAGAGAAAUUGGAGUCAUCUGAGCCAGGAAGAGAUGAGGCCCCAACCAACUGGGAAGAUGUGACACAGCACUUUGUCAUGCCACCCCGGGGCUUGUGUCCAGACAUGGAGUGGGAAGCAGAGACGCGUGAGCGAGAAGCCUCAAAGGAGGCACUGGGCCACUCCAGCUCCUCCAGCCCUUCUGGGGGCUGCUGCGCAGGGAGAAAAGAGGCCUCCCUUCCACAGUCUGAUGAUGCCUGUGAUUAUGAACAGCUCUUUUCAUCAACUCAGAGGGAAUCCUCUGAGCCAUUCCAAAUAAGGAGUGAGCCCGAGGAACCAAGUGGCACUGUAAGGGAAAAGGGGGUGGAGAUCUUGCAUUGCCUCACACCCCAGCAGGUGUCCCCACUGCAUCCAUGCAGCUUCCUGACACAACUGCCCCAGGGUGGGAACCCUGGCCGGUCCUAUCACCCACAUCACACAAGCGAGUCAGCCCCAUCGGCACCACAGUUGCAUGGUGGGGUUUCCAGUGUGUCUUCCCCAAACUUGCCAUCUCCAGCUGUAACACCAAAGCAGAAAAGGAACAGGAGCAUCUUUGGGUUACUUAAAGAGCCAGGCCACCAGAAAGACAAAGAAUGUAGUUCCAUGUUGGAACACAAAAAUAAGGGGGUCCUGAUUUCUCCCCAAAAGUCUCUGUCCAUUGACCUAACCCAAUCGAAACCUGACCAUUUGUGUUCCAGCUCUCAGAAUUCUUCAUCCAACCUGAACAAAGAUGAUGAGAUCAUUCUUUUAUUGGAUUCUGAUGAAGAGCUGGAGCUAGAAAAAGCCAAAAUAAAGUCAGUUUCUAGUGAUUCUCCAGAAGAAAAGAAAGUUCUAGAAAUUAGCCCCAAGUCCUCUGAGCUGUUUUCCAUCAUUGAUGUUGAUACAGAUCAGGAACUUUCCCAAAGCCCACCUAGAAGAGAAACUGAGCUACAGCAGGAGGAAGGACGACCAGAGAAUCAGGGCUCUUUAGGUGGCAGAAGGACCCCCUGGCUGUUCUGUGACCGUGAGACCAGCCCCGAUGAGGACAGCACCACAAACACCUCGUGGCUGGUACCUGCCACCCCGCUGGUUGGCAGAAGCCGUGACUGUUCAUCCCAGACCCAAAUAACCAGCCUCAAGACCAGGACUUCAGUGAAUGAGAUGACUCAGCAUACACCCAGGGCCUCGUUAGAAAACAGGGAAGUAAAUGAAGCCGCACAGAAGCUUUCAGUAAUCAUGCCCCAGACGCUGUCGUCAUGCUGUGUUCCCAUCACUUCAAGAACGUCUGAUGGCAGAAGGCAGGUCCGCAGAAGCCCUUCCCGCUCCAACCCUAGAUGCCAAAAACACUCCUCUCCACGUCCCGUCUCGGGAGGCCGUGCCCAUUUCACCGGGCAAUUCAUGAAAUGUUCACCACCUGGGCCAAGCCCACCAAAUCAGGCUCCAGCGAGUGAAGUAGUGGAAGUUGAGGACAGCGAAGAUGAGCAGGAAGUGUCCUCCCAUCAGGCAAACAGCAGUCUGUCCCCAGUCAGUAACUCCCCAAUUCCAGUUGGCGAUUGCUGUUGGCAUGUUGAGCCCCUCUCACCGAUUCCAAUUGACUACUUGAACCUUGAGCGAACUGGUCCCCUGAGUGCCAGCAGUCCCAGCAGUAGGGCGAAGGAGGCACCAGACAGUGGUGACCACCACUCCCCAGGACUCCUGGCCACCUCCCCUAUCCGAGGAAGCUGUGCUGCCCCAAGAACAUCUCAAGAGAAAUCCUCAAGGGCUGGCUCCCCGGGGAGCAGCAGGCCAAGCUUUUUGAAUUCAGCUUUGUGGGAUGAUUGGAAUGAAGAAGAGCGGAAGUCUCCAGAGGCUCCUCUUCUGACCCAGACACUAAGUGCCAGUCGAGCUCAGAAGUCCAAAGAGUUAGAGACGCCCAAAGGUGCUAAUCAGAAGAAGAACUUGCCCCCCAAAGUGCCCAUAACUCCAAUGCCACGGUAUUCCAUUAUGGAAACGCCGGUGCUGAAGAAAGAACUGGACAGGUUUGGAGUCCGCCCUCUGUCUAAACGCCAGAUGGUUCUGAAACUGAAGGAGAUAUUCCAAUAUACUCACCAGACCCUGGAGUCAGACUCGGAGGAUGAGAUCCAGUCCUCACAGGUGCCACUGGAGGUGCCUUGCAGCCAGACUCACACCUCCGAGACCUACAGACCUUCAAGGGCAAGGGGCUGUAGCCAGCAGGAGGCCACAGGAGGUUCCAUGCCCUGUGGGUCCAAGGGACCUGCUAAGAUCAAGGGCUCCCGACAUCGAAAGAAGCAGCCUGGUGAAAGCAUCCCACCCCUGAGCAGGUCACCAACCAAGGAGGUGCCUCCAGGCCCUGAUGGUGACACUCAGCUCCCAGCCUCCCAGGAAUCUGUGGCCACAUCUGUAGAUGGCAGUGACAGUUCCAUUAGCUCACAAAGUUCUUCCCUCUGUGAGUUUGGAGCAGCCUUUGAGUCUGCAGGGGAAGAGGAGGAGGCCGAGGAGGAGGUCAGUGCAUCACAGGCGGCCAUCCGGGCAGCAGACAUGGAGGAGGAAGUAAGGCGUUACAUCCGCUCCAAGCCGGCCUUGUACCGGAAGGUGCUGCUGUAUCAGCCCUUUGAGCUGGGGGAGCUGCAGGCUGAGCUGAAGCAGAAUGGCAUUCGCAUAGCCACGGGGAAGCUACUGAACUUUCUGGACUCCCACUGCAUCACCUUCACCACUGCUGCAGCCCGGAAGGAGAAGCCCCAGAGGAAGACGCGGCAACCUGCGAACAAGAAGAAAAGGGAGCGGAAUUGA